AUGGGGGACCUGGCCUCCACCUGCAAGGACAAGCUUGCCUACUUCAGGAUCAAGGAGCUCAAGGACGUGCUCAUCCACCUCUCCCUCCCCAAGCACGGCAAGAAGCAGGACCUCGUCGACAGGAUCCUCGCCCUGCUCUCCGACGACCAAGCCCAAUGGCACCUUGGUCGAGGGAGGAAGAACGCUCCCAGCAAGGAGGCGGUGCUCAAAAUAGUCGACGACAUAUACAGGAAGAUGCAAGUCCACGGUCCUCCUGACCUCGUGGUAUCUCCUGCUCAGAGCCAGCUGCCUGUCACGCCGGAUUUCAACCGCAUCAUCAAAGCUAAAAAGGAACAAUUGGGCCCUGACUCUGGCUGCCUUUGUGGUCAAUCCUUUGUUCUCGGGAAUGUGGUCAAGUGCGACGAUUGCCAGGUCCAGCAGCAUAUCGACUGUGUGCUGAUUCCAGAGAAGCCUGCAGUGGGUGUCAGACCUGAAGCUCCAGAGCAUUACUUUUGUCAGUUGUGCCGACUAAUCCGAGCAGACCCAUAUUGGAUUACUACUGGAAAUCCUUUACUACCUGUGAGACUGAUUACAAAUGAUGGAGUGAAUGUUCCUCAGAGUGUGGAGAGAACUUUUCUACUUACUCGAGCUGAGAGGGAGACUGUUCAGAGAGUGGAAUAUGAUAUUCAGGUUUGGUGUAUGCUUCUGAACGACAAAGUUCAGUUCAGGAUGCACUGGCCUCAGAAUGCAGACUUACAAGUGAACGGUAUACAAGUGCGAGUAGUUCCCAGGCCUAGCACUCAGUUACUAGGGAUUAAUGGACGGGAUGAUGGGCCGGUGAUAACAACCUUUUGCCGAGAAGGACAGAAUAAAAUAGUUUUAUCAAGUGAUGAUGCCCGACCAUUUUGUUUUGGGAUCAGAAUUGCAAAGAGGAGGACAGUUGACCAGGUUCUAAACUUGGUGCCAAAGGAAGCUGAUGGCGAGUCUUUUGAGGAUUCUCUUGCUCGUGUUUGUCGCUGUCUCAGAGGUGGAAAUACUACAGAUGAUGCUGACAGCGAUAGUGAUUUGGAAGUGGUUGCCGACUUCUUUCCUGUCAGCCUGCGUUGUCCUAAUAGUGGAUCCCGGAUAAGGACUGCGGGAAGGUUCAAGCUUUGUGCUCACAUGGGCUCUUUUGAUCUGCAAACUUUUGUAGAGCUGAAUCAACGGUCACGAAAGUGGCAAUGUCCAACAUGUCUGAAGAAUUAUUCUAUUGAGAGCUUGAUCAUUGAUCGGUAUUUCAACCGGAUCGCUUCUCUGACUGUUCCUGUGAUUCAGGUUCGGAAUUGCGGUGAAGAUGUCACUGAGAUAGAUGUGAAGCCUGAUGGCUCUUGGCGUGUGAAGGGUGAUGUUGAAGAUAUAAAAUUGUCCCUGUGGCACCUGCCUGACGGCUCCCUGUGUGAACUGAAACAAGACGCUAAACCUGUUGCUGGUGAUGUAAAAUCUGAAGCUUCAAGAAUUGGCAGCAAGGGAAAUCUAGGCCUUAAUGGAUUGUGGGAAGCUAGUAAAGCUGUUGACAUAAAGCCCUCAAAGCCUAUGAGCAGUAGCCACACUGGAAUUUACAGGGAUGGGGACUACCUAAGUGUGAGUGAGUGCAGCACGCAAAUUGGUGAGAUGUACAGAGUUGAUGAUAGACUACAGCAACAGCUCGAAGAUGCAGAUGUCAUUGUUCUCAGCGACUCCGAUGAUGACAAUGUUGUGACAGUGUCUCCACCAGCUGCCUAUAGUGAUGUUGGUGGUUUGGGAUUUGCUCCCAUUUCUGCGCCAGGAGUUGCUGAAAGUUACCAGGAGGGUGGUGUAGUUGGGGGCCUUGGCCUUGAUUUGUUCAACGACAACAGCGAUAUUUUUGACAUAACUUCCUGGUCUGCGCAACCCCAACCAGAGCAAGGGUUCAAUUUUUUCGGAGCUGAUGUUCUACUUGGUUCUCACAAUUCAUCUGAUGCAGCGCCAAGUGCUUAUACCCUUGGCUGCCAUGCUGGCUCUAGUGACACUUCCAUGGUUCGAGAUCCUUCUACCUGCCAUGUACGCACCAGAAGCUUGGUCGAUAACCUGUUGCCUUUCGGCAAUGAUGAUUCUUCUCUGCGGAUUUUUCUUCCUAUUCAACCAUCUGGCGUUCCCGUUCAGGAAGAAUGGAAUGGACAUGACAACAUGUCAAAUGGGGUCCAGCCUGUUGAUGACGAUGAAGACGAAGAUUGGAUAUCUCUUACACUUGCGGCGGGUGGAGGUAGUAAUGAACAGUCUGAGGCAGCAGAUACGGUGAGCACACAAGCACAAAUCGCAGUGGAAGAGAGAAGGAUGGAACCAGCAGACACGCUGAACCCACAAGCACAAAUGACGGUGGAAGAGACAAGGAUGGAACCAGCAGAUGUGUUGAACCCGCAAGCGCAAAUUGCAGUGGAAGAGACAAGGAUAGAACCAGCAGAUGCGUUGAACCCACAAGCACAGAUUGCAGUGGAAGAGAGGACGGAACCAGCAGAUGCGUUGAGCCCACAAGCACAAGUUACAGUGGAAGAGAGAAGGAUGGAACCAGCAGACAUUGUUAACCCACAAGCGCAAAUUGCAGUGGAAGAAAGAAGAAUGGAACCGGCAGAGACGUCGAACCGACAAGCACAAGCACAGAUUGCACUGGAAGAGAGAAGGAUGGAACCAUUGAGUGAUGCUGAAGUUUCAAGUGCUGGAAAUGAGGGUGCGCCUGAAGGACAUCUGACGGAGAUACAGAUGGCUUUAUGCUUGCCAGCAUCGAUACGGAAGUAUGCUAUAAUGCUAUAUAGGUUAACUGUCUUAGUCCAUGGAUGA